AUGGACGACCCGUCCUCCGAGCCGCUGCUCCCGGAGACGGACGCCACGUGGCAGGGCGUCGUUCGACGCGUCAGCGACGGCGUGGUCGUGAUCAAGACCACCGGCGUCCGCGCGUUCGACACCGAGUCCGCGGGGAGCGCGUACGCGACGGGGUUCGUGGUGGACAAGGCGCGCGGCGUCGUCCUCACGAAUCGCCACGUGUGCAGGCCGGGGCCGGUGACGGCGGAGGCGGUGUUUCAGAACCGCGAGGAGGUGCCGCUGCGCGCGCUGUACAGCGAUCCCGUGCACGACUUCGCGUUCAUGCGUUUCGACCCCUCUCUCGUGAAGUUCCAGAAAGUCACGGACGUCCCGCUCGCUCCCGACGGCGCCGCGGUCGGCCUCGAAGUCCGCAUCGUCGGCAACGACAGCGGCGAAAAGCUGAGCAUCUUAUCCGCCACGCUCGCGCGGUUAGGCGCGUUCUAUACACUGGUCCCCAUACGACCGCAUCGUGACGCGCCAAAAUACGGAAGUAAAGGGUACAACGACUUCAACACCUUUUACAUCCAAGCCGCCAGCGGCACCAAGGGCGGGAGCUCCGGCUCGCCCGUCGUGGACGUGAACGGCCGCGCGGUCGCCCUCAACGCGGGCUCAAAGACGAAGGGCAGCGCGGCGUAUUACCUUCCCUUGCAUCGCGUGAAGCGCGCGCUGGACUUACUGCGGGACGCGUGCCCGGCCAAUCCGGGCGACGCCGAAUGGCGCGCGCCAAUCAUCCCCCGCGGCACGACGCAGACGACGUUCCAGUACCGCGGCUUCGACGAGUGCCGCCGCCUCGGCGUGUCCAUAGAGACGGAGGCGGUGCUGCGCGCGGCGCAGGGCGUCGACGGCACCGGCGCGCUCGUCGUGAACGACACCGUGCCGGGAGGACCGGGCGAGGGCGUCCUCGUCGUCGGCGACGUCCUCAUGGACGGCGUCGUGGUCGUCGACUUCGUGACGUUGGAGUCCAUCCUGGACGACAACGUUGGGAGGACGCUCGCGUGCGUGGUCGAGCGCGGCGGCGUAGCGAAGACGGUGGAGAUUCUCGUCGGGGAUUUGCACGCGAUCACGCCCUCGAGGAUGCUCGAGAUCGCCGGCGGCGUCGUGAACGCGUUGUCCUAUCAGCAGGCGAGGAAUUUUCAGCUCCCGUGCGGCGGCGUCUACGUCGCGGAACCCGGGUACGUCCUCGGCGUCGCGAACGUUCCGAAGCACGCGAUACUCACGUCGCUGGGGAACACGCCGACGCCGGACCUCGACGCGUUCGCGGCGGCGUACGCGAAGUUAAAGGAGGGCGAUCGCGUGCCGGUGUCGUAUUUCGUGCACGCGGAGCGCCACCGGAGAAAGACGGCGCUGUUGCGGAUCCGCGCGCGGUGGUAUCGGCCGGCGGCGUUUUACGAGCGGAACGCGGCGACGGGGUUAUGGGACCGCACGCCGCUCGCGCUUCCGGAGGAGGAAGAUGAGGAGAAGGCGUCGAAGCGGAGGAAAGUGGAGGAGGACGACGACGACGACGACGACGACGACGACGCGGCGGCGGCGGCGGCGGACGACGAGAUCGAACCCGUCGACGCCGACGCCGAAAAAGUCGCCGUCGUCGUCGAACCCUCCCUCGCGCUCGUCACCGUCGACGUCGCGACCGUCGCGCUCGCGGACGGCGUCUACUCCCGGUCCUUCGAGGGCAACGGCACGGUCGUGCAUCACGACCCGAAGAGCGGUCUCGGGCUCGUCCUCGUCGAUCGAAACACCGUCCCCGUGGCGUCGUGCGACGUCCUCGUUUCUUUCGCGGCGUACCCGCACGAAGUCGCCGCCAAGGUGGAGUACUUACACCCGACGCAUAACUUCGGGAUCGUGUCCUACGACGCCGGCGCGAUGCCUCGCGCCGCGUGUGCCGCGGUGAAGACGAUUCGGACCCACGAGGCGGGGGAUCCGGAGGCCGCGAUUCGACGCGGCGACGAGGUGGUCCUCGUCGGCCUCUCCGGGUCUCUGCGGCCGAUGGCGAGGGUCAGCGCGGUGACGGACGCGACGUCCAGCGCGGACAUACCCUCCGCGGACAUCCCGCGGUUCCGCGCGGUGAACGAGGAGGUCGUCUCGUUGGAUACGGACUUUGGGUACGCGUUCGGCGGGGUUUUGACCGACGCGACCGGCCGAGCCAAGGCGCUGUGGGCGUCGUACGCGAAGCCCGCGGACGGGGAAGUCCGCGACCUCGUCCGCGGGAUGCCGUGGGCGCCGGUAUCGGACGCGGUGACGCAGAUCCUGGAGUGGAAACGACGCGAACGCGAAACGUCACGAAAAGAAGAAGAAGAAGAAGAAGACGAAUCGUCGCGACGACGGGUCGUGUACUUGCUCGACGCCGAGUUCGGCUCGAUGCCGCUCGCGAAAGCAGCGGACCACGGCGUCCCGUCGGCGUGGAUCGAAACCUUACUCCGCGCGGACCCCGUGCGCAGACAAGCGCUGACGGUCGCGAGCACGGUCGCGUGCACGGGCGCGGACGACGUCUUGAAAGGCGGGGACGUCGUCUUAGAAGCGGGAGGGCGCGCGGCGACGACGUUUCGCGCGAGCGGCCCUGAAAAAAAAACAGACGAAGAAACGGACGCCAAACUGGCGUUACCGCUGAAGAUCGUCCGCGACGGCGUCGUCGUGGACGUCCUCCCCACGCUCAGCGCGGAGUCCGUCGCGGGCACGGGGCGUUUGCUGCAUUGGGCCGGGUGUCAGAUUCAGCCGACGCAUCGGCCGGUGGUCGAGCUCGGGUUCCGACCGACGACGGAGACGGACCCGAGAGUCCCUCUCGACGUUUUCAUAUCUCGAUGGUACCACGGGAGCCCCGCGCAGCGAUACGGUUUAUACGCGCUGAACUGGAUCGCGAGCGUGAAUGACGUGGAAACGCCAACGAUCGAUGCGUUUAUUGAAGCGACUCGCGGGUUACCGGACGGGUCGUUCGUCAGGUUGAAACUCAUCGGAUUGACCGGCCGCCCGAAAGUGCUCACGCUCAAGCUCGAUAGGAAUUACUGGCCGACGUGGGAGUUGAGACGGCGCGACGACGGCAGCGGCGAGUGGGAGCGCGUGACGUACGACGACUGACGACGCGAUGCGUUCGGUUAUUGUUAAUCUUAUUAGUAAUACGACAUACAGUAGUUU